CUGGAUGAUGUGAAGAAACUAGUGAAGAGUGGACGAUCGUCAAGUGUCAGCCCAACCCGCUCCACAACUUCAUCCACCCUACCUGUUCCACGCAAAGCUAAAGUCGAGACCAAAAUCAUUAAACAAGGCUCUCACACUGUCUCGCCCAGUAUGACACCACUAUUCUGGACUCUGCACUUCCAACGUAUACAUGGACCAGCUCCACACUGCCAUCUAAUGCUUCCAGCAAUACUUUUGCUUAUCAAAGCAGCGCCAAUAACAUGUCACUAGGAUCUUCUAUUUUAAACUCCACAUCACCUUCUUCAUUGUCAGUGUAUGGCUUUCAGAAUAAUCUUUCCACACCAUCUAGUACAAUUCUUACAUCAAACACAGUUAACACACUUUCAGGAUAUGGUGUGCAGAAAAACAUUUCUCAGAGCAUUGGUAGUGCUGGAAUUGUUAGUACAGGAGUCUUAACAUCUACAGGCACAACUACGCGCUCUGCUAAUGAUGAUGUGGCACGAAAAUAUAUUAUACUAGAGAAGGAGAAUAUUCCUUCAAAAAAUGACACAGAAGUGCUCGUGCUUUCAAAGGACAGUGGAAAGCAGUUCUCCAGCAGUACAUCGUAUGGAAAAGGAGGGUCUGUUUCGGAUGUCUCACUGAAGAAAGAGGCAGUGGCAAGCAGCUAUACUGAGACAGCUCCUGCCAAAUUAACUUUAAGCUCCUACUAUGGAUCUUCAUCAGCUCCUACUAAAGAUAAGGCUACAUAUGCAGAGAUCUAUAAGGAGAAGAAUAAUGGCAAAGGAGAAGACGGAUGCUUUGGCUGUGGUCCCAGUUGCUGCUCGUGGUGGAAGUGGCUGCUUGGACUCCUGCUUAGUCUUCUGCUGCUCCUUGGACUCCUUUUUGGACUUAUUGCUCUCGCGGAGGAGGUGAGGAAGCUGAAAGAGCGUAUGGAUACUCUUCAGGGCCUAGUUAAGGCCAACGGGGGUAGCAUUAGUCGACUCACUGAUCAUAAUAUUCCCAACCAAAUACCAGGUUUAUACAUGGACAUGGGUACUUCUGAUAAUGCAUUGAACGUAGGAGCUAAUACUAUCUCAGAUUCUGCGAAACUGCAGAGACUCCUGCAAACCGAGCUGCAGUCUGAGAAAUUCCGAGCAAGCCUUGCUUCAUCACUCAAAGGAGAAAGAGGAAUUCCAGGGCCUAAAGGUGAUACUGGAGCUCAAGGAACCAAAGGGGAUAGUGGUUUCCCAGGGAUGCCAGGUUCUCCAGGAGUUACAGGACACCCAGGACCUGAAGGUCCAAAAGGACAAAAAGGAAGUCCAGGCGAGCAUGGUGCAGAGGGGCUACCAGGACUCAGGGGCCGAGAUGGGUCACCUGGGCAACGGGGAGAGCCAGGAUCUGCAGGCAUUGGAGAAAAGGGUGAAAGAGGCUCAUCAGGGGAACCAGGAACUCGUGGACCUCCUGGCCCAGCUGGUCCACCGGGUCCAAAAGGUUCAGCAGGUGUUAAUGGUCUUUCAGGCUUACCUGGUGAACCAGGUCCACAAGGUUUCAGAGGAGAAGCAGGCCCUGCAGGACCUAAGGGGGACAGAGGACCUCAUGGACAACCAGGAAUUAAGGGUGAUCAUGGUGAAAAGGGGGAUCCUGGUGUACCAGGCUUCCCAGGGGCCCCAGGAAAAACAGGACUCCAUGGUGAGAAAGGAGACAAAGGAGCAACAGGGGCUUCAGGUGCAGAUGGUGAAAAGGGUCAAAGAGGUGAUCAAGGUCCUAUCGGGAUGCCCGGAAUCAGAGGCCCAGCUGGACCACCUGGUGAUACUGGACCUCAAGGAGCUCAAGGGCUUCAGGGACCUCCAGGCAUUGCAGGACUUCCAGGACAACCUGGAGUUAAAGGUGAAAAUGGUGAACCUGGCAGAGUUAUCAAUGCAGCAGGUUCCAGUUCUGUGGCAAUUCCUGGACCUCCAGGGCCAGCUGGACCACCUGGAACUGCUGGACCACCAGGACUGUCAGGCCCUGUUGGUCCUGCUGGAAUUCCUGGCCAACCAGGUCCUAAAGGUGAUAAGGGUGAGCAAGGAGAGGCGGGGGUCACAGUGGAAAGAUCAGAGAAAGUUACUUCAGUUAGAGGAGAAAGAAACUAUGGCUCUUUAGAUGCGCCUCAAGUUAUUCAGGGACCACCAGGGCCACCUGGUCCCCCGGGACAUCCUGGAGCUCCAGGAUAUGGCACACCUGGCCCAAGAGGUGAGAAAGGAGUGAAGGGAGAGCCAGGGAGCUUUGUGCCCAACUCAGGAACAUUUUUUGCUGGGCCACCAGGACCACCCGGACCUGCAGGUCCUAAAGGAGACACAGGACCACAAGGACCUAGAGGAUACCAAGGAAAUGCAGGUCAGCCUGGCCUACCUGGAAGACCUGGCGCAUCUGAAGUCAGAUUCUCAGAGCAAAGUGGAGUUCAAGGUCCACCUGGGCUACCUGGACCUCCAGGGCCACCAGGUCAACAGGGUGCUAAAGGAGACAGUGGAAUUCCUGGUGCUCCAGGGAUCCCAGGAACAUCAAGAGGCUCAGGUUCUGUUGGAGUUCCAGGGUCCCCAGGGUCCCCAGGACUACCAGGACCUCCUGGACCACCUGGCUCUCCUGGACAUUCUGGAUCUACUGCAGAUUAUCGUCGUUUCAUUGUUGACUACAUGCAGAGUGACAGCAUGAGGCAGCAUUUGUCUGGUUUCCAAGGGCCUCCUGGUCCUCCAGGGGCAUCAGUGUCUGUUGAGGAGGUGGCAUCUCGAGUUAUUGCAUACAUUCAGCGCUCUGGAUUAAGUGGAUCCCCUGGUCCUCAAGGUCCUCCAGGCCCUGCUGGCUCUGUAUCUGUAUCUGCUAAUGAAAUUAUUGCGUUAUUACAAAGAGAUGAUGUUAGGCGGUAUGUGAUUGGCCCUCCAGGACCACCUGGCCCUUCAGGAAGUGUAAAUCUAGCCAACUUUGACACACAGGAAGUGGCAAACUAUGUUCUGAGAAUCAUGAAUGAACGAGGGUUGAUAAAUAGACCUGGACCCCCUGGUCCUCCUGGCCCACCUGGACAACCAGGCUCCACUUACAGUGACAUCACUGCUUUGAUUGAGAGGUCAGGGCUUAGAACAGGUCUUCAAGGACCUCCCGGUCCUCCAGGAAGACCAGGCCUACCUGGUCCAGUUGGUCCUGCCGGAACCCCAGGCUUUUCAAGCUCAGGAUACAGACUUGAAGACAUCCAGUCCUACAUACAAAAUUCUGGUUUACAGGGAGCCCCAGGACCCCCUGGCCCUCCAGGACCUCAGGGGCCUGCAGGAGACUCUAGGGCACUUGCAUCCUAUGACAGAGCCAAUCAGAGAGCACACAUUCGUGCUGAGCUUCAGGAGUAUCUCAAUAGUGACACUAUGCGAAGGUACACCUCAGGCCUCCCUGGACCCCCUGGCCCUCCAGGACCUCGUGGUGAAAAAGGAAACUGUGGUGAUUCUACAUACAGUGCGGGUGGGGGUUACUAUGCUACUGACCGUAAUGGAGUCAGGUUGGCUGAGGCAGACUACUCCAAUGUUGCACUGAGAGUGACUGACUACAUUCAGAGGCAGGGUCUACUGCAGAAAUUAAUGAUAAUUAUUGGAGAUCUCAUUCUAUGGGAAUCCAGGGCCCUCCAGGUCCUCCUGGUCCACCUGGCCAUCCUGGACACAGCCGUGUUUUUGCUGCUUAUGGGAAUGUCACUACAGAUCUCAUGGAUUUCUUUAGAGUACAUGGCACUAUUCCAGGUCCACCUGGCAGGCAAGGACAUAAAGGAGAAAGAGGAUACCCUGGACCUAAAGGAGAAAAAGGGGAGGUGGGAAGACAAGGCAUAUCUGGUAUUCCAGGACCAACAGGUCCAGAGGGGCCAAGGGGACAAAAGGGUGAGAAAGGUGAAAUCCAGAUUGGUCGCCGGAGGAGGAGUCUUGGCGUGUAAAAGCUUAACUUUUGUUUUGUUCAUCAAAACCCUCUCUCUUCAUGGUGGCUUUCAGGUAUAUAGUGAAGCAGUCUAGAAGGGGAAAGCAUGCAACAUGUAUCCUAGCCAAAGUCUGUUCAGCAGGCCUGAUGUAGUGCAGUUUCUCAAUACACAUUACGUACACAAUAUUUAAUCCAUAUUUCCCACAUUAUCAGUCUUCCUAACUACAGAUAAAUACAUUUUGUACUUUUAAUGGUUUUUUUGUUAUUUGUUUAAUGCAGAAGUAGUUUUAUACUUUACUAGCCUACACAUGGAACAUUUAAUAUUCUUCAGCACUUUUUGAAUUUGUGUAGCCUAAAAACGUCCUUGCACUCCGAAUAAUAAAAUAAUGUAACAUAAUUCGGCACAACAUAAGUGUAACUUUUACUCGACUUCAAUGUUUCAACCUUUUUUUUACUCAAAAUUUUGUUUGAACUAAAUUUGGAACUUGUUUAUUAAAAUUUAAUAAAAUAUUCCAUGAUUUA